ACUCAUUAUUGCUCCGCCUCUCUCGUCUAGCUUAAGUAGUCAAUUAUUGCUGCAUUUCACUUGCAGCUCUUCACACUGAUCGAGUCAGUCAGCUAGGAGUGUCGUUUUUUGUUCACGCUAGCUUCCUAAUUAGCGUGCAAAAGUAAGAUUGGACGCAACGAAUUUCUUUCAAUGCCAGAGCAAACAACGGUACGGAGUAAAAGACUCUCAAGUAACAAAAAUUAGGCUGGCAAGGCAUAUACAUGAGAUUGAAGUACUGACUUCCGUGUUUUAGAACAUGAAACAUUGGAAUUUGCCUAGAUCUCUAUUCUUUUCCAGCAUCUUGUAUGAUUUCCGUUUAGCUGUGAUGGAGUCAGAACAAGCUCCGACUGUUGUUACACUGUUUCCUGAACAAUGUCAUCUCGUGCGUUGCGGUAUUACCAUAACAGAAUACUCCGGCAGUCCGUACUUAUGGUGGAAUAGAGGUAAUAUCAGCUAUAGCGAAGGAAAUGACAAAUCGAUGGAACUGCACGAAUGUGCAAAAUAUGAACGUGGAAACGAAUGUGCAAAACAACGUGAUCGUGGAAACGUUUGUAUAACCAUUCUAGACCAAGGAAGAAACAGCAAUUUGAUAUUGGGCAAAGCAGUAAAAGGACAAUCUGAGGGUUUAUACACUUGCUACGAAUAUGAAGCAGAGACUAAAAAGUUCAGAAAGCAUAAAACAUUUAAUGUGACAGUGGUGGAAAACACGACAUCGCCAACACCAACACAUUCACCAAGCAACAUGAUGACAGUCACAGGAACACCAACACAAACGGUAACCAGUAUGACAGCAGUCGCAGCAGCACUGGCAACAUCUCAAGCAUUAUCUCCAAACUCGGUGACAACCACUACAAACGGCACACUGACUGAAAACAACAAUGAGAGUGAUGACAACGACAACGACGUCUUAUUAUUAGUUGCAGUGAUAGUCCCUGUUGUUCUCUGUACGGCAAUUGCUACCAUUGGUCUGACUGUCACCUACCUAAAUUGCAAGACCACUCAAAGUGCAUCAAAUUUGACAACAACAACAACAACAACAACAACAACAACAACAGCAGCACCGUUUUCACGUCCUCGGACAUCCACUAAAUUUGAAAAAUGGAAAUUUGAUCAUAAUAAUCUGCAGUUCAUAAGAGAGCUUGGUAGAGGUUACUUUAGCAUCGUUUAUGAAGCUGAUGCUCUGGGUAUUACCUGCCCUGGUGUUUUGACCAAAGUAGCUGUCAAGAUGGCCAAACAAGGUUUCGAGCGCUGUCAUGAGGCAGGAGAUGGUACUCUGUUUGAUGAGACAAAUCUGCUCACAUCUUUGACAUCCUGCAAUCACCCUCAUGUAGUCCGUCUAUUGGGCAUUUGCUAUCAAACAAGACCCAUCACUCUUUGGCUCAUAUUCGAGCAUGCUGCACAUGGUAGUCUGAAGUCAUAUCUUCACUCCAGGAAAGAUCAUUCACAAAUCAACCAGACUUGGUCACCAACAAACAGUAGUGAAAUCACUGAACAAAAGAUGCUUAACUUUGCACAACAAGUUUCAAUUGGCAUGGAGUACCUAGCAAAGAGAAAGAUAAUUCACCGUGAUUUAGCUGCUCGUAACGUACUCGUAUUUGAUGGUGAGAUUCUCAAAAUAUCUGAUUUUGGAAUGGCAAAAGAUGUGAGAUAUGUGGACUACUAUCGACUAACAACUCCAGAGGCCGUUCCCUUAGAAUGGAUGUCUCCAGAAGCCAUGCUAGACAAAAAGUACACACAUGCCAGUGAUGUAUGGUCAUUCGGAGUCCUUUUGUGGGAAAUAGCAACUCUGGGUGGGAGUCCCUAUCCAGGAAUCCCGGUUCAGCAACUGCAUGAUCUACUCAUGACCAAAGGAUAUCGUAUGAGUCGCCCUAAUCAUUGCUCUGAGUCCUUUUACAACAUGAUGACAAGCUGCUGGGCGCUGGAUCCUCUAGAAAGACCUUCCUUUACUGCCCUGGUUGAACACACUACAACAAUGUUGAGUAUACUUGAAAAUCAGUCAUCUGGUGCAGGUCAACACUUUGCAUAAGCAUCCAAGGCUUUCUAAGAGUGUAGUGUAGUGUACUUUUACCUAGAGGAACUCUAAGUGCACAGUUUUUCUGCCAAUAAUCGGUUAUGCGUAAUGUAUCUGUGGAGAUAAUCAUAUAGUCAGCUAAUAAAAGCACUUGCUGCAGUGCAAGUCUCAGUACACACA